AUGGUGGCAACAAAGGUGCCCCGUUCCGGUGGACUUGUGGUACUUUCACCGCUUGUACAAAGUUCGGAACAUAAUGUGGUGCUUAUUUCACGGAACGUCGAUGUUAAAUACAAUCAAAUACUUCAUGUUGCAGGUGGAGAGCAUACUGGCAUUGUUAUCAAUAAGCUUAUCAAUGGGAAACCAAAUUUAAAAUGUGAUAUAUCGCUCAGCUUUUCCGUGUGGCUACGAAAAGGGGAUAUGAAGAAGCAGGAAAACCGUUGCUUUCGUUUUCGGUUUUUCGAAGACACUGAAAAUGCUGACAAGCAUGCUGUAGCUCAGCAAUUCUUCCGGGAUCUUGUUAGUAUUUUUCCAAGAGAUUAUGUGACGUUUCUAAAGCGAGUUUUAAAGCUCAUGCAAAAUAGUUAUGGUUCACUGCGAGAAAUCGAAAUUGACAUGCAGUUUGCGAAAGAAAAUGAAACAUAUCAAAUGCCUGAUCCUAAGCAAUAUGAUUCUGGUUCUGAAGUUGAAAAUGUUACUAUAGCUCAUGUACAGGAAGUUCUGGAACAUGCAUAUCCCAAUGGCUUAUCUGUGGAUAUUAUUGCGGAAUCCCUGCGUUGUACAAAUAAAGAAGUUAAUGAAUUUCUUUGUGAAUUAGAAACACUUGGUGUUGUACAAAAGUUGCAGAAUGAAUGGAUUCGUGUAAAUGCUGUUGACAGCAUUGAAUUAUCUCGAACUCCAACCAGCUUCGGUUCGCGUGAUCAUCCCACUGUUGCUAUCUUAACGUGCUUGUUUACUGAGAAACAGAGCAUUGAUGCGAUCAUUGAUAAUAGUACAACCGUUCAUCGUUACCGUUCCGGUGGUGACUCUAAUAUUUAUACCCUUGGAUGGAUCGGGAAACAUCGGGUUGUUGCUACAAAAUUGGCAAUUAUUGGGGAUAGUCGUGAAGCAACAACAUCUUCCGGCUCUAUCACAACUCGUCUUUUGGGUAAUUUUCAACACGUUGAGCAUGUAUUUAUUGUCGGUGUUGGUGGAGGUGUUGCUCAUUACACGGAUGCCACACGCCACGUACGUCUGGGUGACGUCGUUGUAAGCGGUCCGGAACCGAAUUCUUAUGUGUUUGCGCAUACCUAUACCGUUGAUAGAGCAACAGAACACGUGAAUGGCUUUUUAGUUCGAAAUUGGAAUCCUCAAAAUGCAAUCAUUACUCAUAUUGCUAAAAAUAUGGACGAAAAAAUGAUAGCAGAAUGGAAUUCGAUAACCAAAACAACCAUUGAUCGUUUGGAUGCUGCCAAUAGCGACAUGAGUUUUUCAAGACCACCGCCACAAGCCGAUCUAUUGGCUGUGCCUGUUGGUGGUGGGCAGGUAGUUGUCAUUCCACAUCCUAAUUCAGAAAGAGUUGACUCGGUAGUUCAUGUUGGUUCCAUCGGAGCAAUGGUUUCAUAUAGAAAACAGACACUUGCCAAUGAAGAGCAGAUUGGUGAAGAUACAAGCGGUGCUACUGCUCAAUUUCGUGAUAAAUUUGCCGCAAAUUAUAAUUUGCGUGCGAUUGAUGCUGGCUUCGAUUCCGUUAUUGCCGCCGUGAAUGGCUCACGAAUUGAUAGUUGGGCACUAAUCCGUGGUAUUGCAGAUUAUCAGCAUGGACAAAGUCGCGCCAGUCGUGUGUGGCAGGGCUACAGCGGUAUCCGUGCAGCUGCACUCACCAAAACACUGAUCCUUCGUUUACCUGUUUCCAAUGCGAACAAUUAA